AUGGCAGACGAUCCAAACAAACCCUCCACCUCGACGAAAACUGACGAAGCUCCCCUCUUUCCUCCCGCCAAACCUGGAAAGCGAGUGGACUAUGGGACAAACAACACACUGGAGCUGCUGGAGCGGAUUCCCAGCCAGGUGGUGGAUCUCAAGCUGGACGAUGUCCUCACUGCCGUCAAGGAAGUGGACAACCUGUGCGACUAUCCCCGCUGCAAGACCAAAACAAGCCUAAUGGGUCAGGAUUGUCAGCACUGCAAGAAGAGAUUCUGCUUUAAGCACGGACUGCCUGAGGUUCACGGAUGCGGGGAGGAGAUCAAGCGGGACGAGCGGAAGAAGUUCCUGCAUCCCAAGCCAGCGAAGACAAUAAGGCAGGAGGAGGAUGUCAAGAAUGCCAAGAAGCGACUUGAUGCCAAGCUGAAGGACAUGCAACAGGGACGCACUCAAAAAGCAGCUGGCACUGGUGGGGGUUCAAAGAAGAAGAAGGGAAAGUAGGAUAAAUUUAUGCUUGUUUUAG